CGGAGCGACGGCCGGAGGCGGCAGCGUAGGGGCCGGCGGGUCGUUUGGUUUCGGUUUGGCCCUGACCGGAAUUGGUGUUGACGGUCCAAAAUGGGAGUCCCCAAGUUUUACCGAUGGAUCUCGGAGCGGUAUCCCUGCCUCAGUGAAGUGGUGAAAGAACAUCAGAUUCCUGAAUUUGACAACUUGUACCUAGAUAUGAAUGGAAUUAUACAUCAGUGUUCCCAUCCUAAUGAUGACGAUGUUCACUUCAGAAUUUCAGAUGACAAAAUAUUUAAUGAUAUUUUUCACUACUUGGAGGUGUUGUUCGAAUUAUUAAAACCUAGGAAGGUGUUCUUUAUGGCUGUUGAUGGUGUGGCUCCGCGAGCAAAAAUGAACCAGCAGCGUGGGAGGCGUUUCAGGUCAGCAAAGGAGGCAGAAGACAAAAUUAAAAAGGCGAUAGAAAAGGGAGAAAUUCUUCCUACAGAGACCAGAUUUGAUUCCAACUGUAUUACACCAGGAACUGAAUUCAUGGCCAGGUUACAUGAGCAUCUGAAGUAUUUUGUGAACAUGAAGAUUUCCACAGACAAGUCAUGGCAAGGAGUUACCAUCUACUUCUCGGGCCAUGAGACUCCCGGAGAAGGAGAGCAUAAAAUCAUGGAAUUUAUCAGAUCCGAGAAAGCAAAGCCAGAUCAUGAUCCAAACACCAGACACUGUCUUUAUGGUUUAGAUGCUGACUUGAUUAUGCUUGGAUUAACAAGUCAUGAGGCACAUUUCUCUCUUUUAAGAGAAGAGGUUCGGUUUGGUGGCAAAAAAACACAAAGGGUAUGUGCACCAGAAGAAACCACAUUUCACCUGCUACACUUGUCUUUAAUGAGAGAGUAUAUUGACUAUGAAUUUUCAGUAUUAAAAGACAAGGUCUUAUUUAAAUAUGAUAUUGAAAGGAUAAUUGAUGAUUGGAUUUUGAUGGGAUUUCUUGUUGGCAAUGAUUUUAUUCCUCAUCUACCUCAUUUGCAUAUUAAUCAUGAUGCACUAUCCCUUCUUUAUGGAACAUAUAUUACCAUCCUGCCAGAACUUGGGGGUUAUAUUAAUGAAAGUGGGCAUCUCAACUUACCUCGAUUUGAGAAAUACCUUGUGAAACUAUCAGAUUUUGAUCGUGAGCACUUCAGUGAAGUUUUUGUGGACCUAAAGUGGUUUGAAAGCAAAGUUGGUAACAAGUACCUCAAUGAAGCAGCAGGUGUCGCAGCAGAAGAAGCCAAGAACUACAAGGAAAAGAAAAGAUCAAAGGUCCAAGAAAAUGCCAUAUAUUGGGCUGCUUUAGACAAAAAUGACGUUGAAGUGGUAACUUCUAAGGAUAAUUUAGAAGAUGAGACUGAAGAUGAUGACCUAUUUGAAACCGAAUUUAGACAAUAUAAAAGGACAUAUUAUAUGACGAAGAUGGGGGUUGAUGUAGUGUCUGACGACUUUCUGGCUGAUCAAGCUGCAUGUUAUGUUCAGGCAAUACAGUGGAUUUUACAUUAUUACUAUCAUGGAGUUCAGUCCUGGAGCUGGUAUUACCCUUACCAUUACGCACCUUUCCUAUCCGAUAUCCACAACAUCAGUACCCUCAAAAUCCAUUUUGAACUAGGAAAACCUUUUAAACCAUUCGAACAACUCCUUGCUGUCCUUCCAGCAGCUAGCAAAAAUUUACUUCCUGCAUGCUACCAGCAUUUGAUGACCAGUGAAGACUCACCAAUUAUAGAAUACUAUCCACCUGAUUUUAAAACAGACCUAAAUGGGAAACAACAGGAAUGGGAAGCUGUGGUAUUAAUACCGUUUAUUGAUGAGAAGCGAUUGUUGGAAGCCAUGGAGUCAUGUAACCACUCCCUCAAUAAAGAAGAGAGGAAAAGAAAUCAACAUAGUGAAUGCCUAAUGUGUUGGUAUGAUAGAGGCAUAGAGUUCACCUACCCCUCUCCAUGGCCAGAAAAGUUCCCUGCUAUAGAACAGUGUUGUGCAAGGUACAAAAUAAUAUCUUUAGAUGCUUGGCAUAUAGACAUAAACAAGAACAAAAUAUCCAGGGUUGACCAGAAGGCAUUAUAUUUCUGUGGAUUUCCUACUCUGAAACACAUCAAACACAAAUUUUUUUUGAAGAAAAGUGGGGUACAAGUGUUCCAGCAAAGCAGUCGUGGAGAAAACAUGAUGUUGGAAAUCUUAAUGAAUGCAGAAUCUGAUGAACUUAGUAUAGAAAAUAUAGCUUCAGCAGUGCUUGGAAAGUCUGUCUUUGUUAAUUGGCCUCACCUUGAAGAAGCUAGAGUUGUGGCUGUAUCAGAUGGAGAAACUAAGUUUUACUUGGAAGAACCUCCAGGAACACAGAAACUUUAUUUUGGAAGAACAGCCCCACCAUCUAAAGUGGUCCUUCUUGGAGAUAAAGAAGAAUCUAACUGGACAAAAGAAGUCCAAGGAAUUUCAGAACACUACCUGAGAAGAAAAGGAAUAAUAAUAAAUGAAACAUCUGCAGUUGUGUAUGCUCAGUUACUCACAGGUCGUAAAUAUCAAAUAAAUCAAAAUGGUGAGGUUCGUCUAGAGAAACAAUGGUCAAAACAAGUUCUUCCUUUUGUUUAUCAAACUAUUGUCAAGGGCAUACAAGCUUUCGACUCCCGUUUCUUCAGUAUCAAAACUUUGGAUGACUUGUUUCCUCCUAGAAGUAUGGUCUUUAUGCUGGGAACCCCCUAUUACGGCUGCACUGGAGAAGUUCAGGAUUCAGGUGAUGUGAUUUCAGAAGGUAGGAUUCGUGUGGUUUUCAGCAUUCCAUGUGAACCUAAUCUUGAUGCUUUAAUACAGAACCAGCAUAAAUAUUCUAUAAAGUACAACCGGGGAUAUGUGUUGGCCAGUCGCCUUGGAGUAAGUGGAUACCUUGUUUCAAGGUUUACAGGAAGUAUUUUUAUUGGAAGAGGAUCUAGGAGAAACCCUCAUGGAGAUCAUAAAGCAAACGUGGGUUUAAAUCUCAAAUUCAACAAAAAAAAUGAGGAGGUACCUGGAUAUACUAAGAAAGUUGGAAGUGAAUGGAUGUAUUCAUCUGCAGUAGAACAACUUCUUGCAGAAUACUUAGAGAGAGCUCCAGAACUAUUUAGUUACAUAGCCAAUAAUAGCCAAGAGGAUGUGUUCUAUGAAGAUGACAUUUGGCCUGGAGAAAAUGAGAAUGGGGCUGAGAAAGUUCAAGAAAUUAUUACUUGGCUAAAGGGACAUCCUGUCAGUACUUUGUCUCGUUCUUCUUGUGAUUUACAAAUUCUGGAUGCAGCUAUUGUUGAAAAAAUUGAGGAAGAAGUCGAAAAGUGCAAGCAAAGAAAGAAUAAUAAGAAGGUGCGAGUAACAGUGAAGCCCCAUUUGCUAUACAGACCUUUAGAACAGCAACAUGGAGUCAUUCCUGAUAGAGACGCAGAAUUUCAUCUGUUUGACCGCGUUGUAAAUGUGAGAGAGAACUUUUCAGUUCCCGUUGGCCUUCGGGGCACCAUCAUAGGAAUUAAAGGGGCUAAUAGAGAAGCUGAUGUACUAUUUGAAGUUUUAUUUGAUGAAGAAUUUCCUGGAGGCUUGACAAUAAGGUGCUCACCUGGGAGAGGUUAUCGACUGCCAACAAGUGCCUUAGUGAACCUUUCUCAUGGAAGUCGCUCUGAAACUGGAAAUCAGAAGUUGACAGCCAUAGUGAAACCACAACCAACUGUGAAUUACUAUAACUCAAAUUCAUCAAUUUCUUCUGGGUUUUUAGGAGGCCUCAACCAUUCCCCUCAAUCGCUUUUUGUUCCUACUCAAGUACCUAUUAAAGAUGAUGAUGAAUUUUGCAACAUUUGGCAGUCCUUACAGGGAUCCAGAAAGGUUCAACACUUUCAGUCGGCUCUACAAGAGGGUACAGGUCUACCUCAAGAAUUAAGUCAAGUAACUCCACAUCAUAAAUCUGGCUUUAAUGACGACAGUGUCAAAGGUCAGCAAAGAAAACCUGAUCCUCACAGAAAAGUUAAAGAAGAGUAUAAGAGUCCUAAAAAUGAAUGUCAGUCACAAAAAUUGUCAAACAAGCUGACUGUUGGAGAGCCUGCCAAAUGUAAUAUUAAGCUAUUGAAGAGAAAUGAAAGUCCAGAAGUCUCAGAAUCCCAAAAGGUUGUGACUGGUUAUCCAAAUACUGUUGAUAAGCCUAAUCCUGGGAUUGAGAACUUUUUAGCAUCCUUGAAUAUCUCCAAAGAAAAUGAAGGACAGUCAUCUUAUGAAGAGCCUGCAAGUGAAGAACAUUUGUCACCACAGUCAUUUGCUAUGAAGGGAACACGGAUGCUUAAAGAAAUUCUAAAAAUUGAUAGCUCUGACUCUCUGGAUCAUAAGAAUGAAAAAAACCAGUUCAGUAAUGAAGUCACUGUUUCUUCUAAACGAAGAGGUGAAUAUGGACCUUCUUCCCAGCCUAAACAAAGUAAGAAAUUAACAUCUUAUGUAAAUAAACCUCUCAGUGCUAACAAGUACCAAAAUGUUCAUUCUAUGGACAGUGUGUGUUGGCCUAUUCCCAGCCACAUCCCUCCUGUGUCUACACCAGUAACUGAACUUUCUCGAAUUUGUUCCUUUAUUGGAAUGCCACAACCAGAUUUCUCCUUCCUUAGGACACCACAGACGAUGACAGUGUGCCAGAUAAAAUUAUCUAAUGGCUUACUGGUACACGGGCCACAGUGCCACUCUGAAAGUGAAGCCAAGGAGAAAGCUGCAUUCUUUGCUUUACAACAAUUGAGCUCCUUAGGCCCUUUGCCUCCACCAAUAUUUCCAAAUUAUCCUCCUGCUGUACCACCUGGAACCAUUCCUCCAGUUUUUCCUCAACCUACCGCUAAUAUGAUGCCUUCAUCAUCUCAUCUGUUUGGCUCAAUGCCAUGGGUAACACCAGUGCCAGUUCCUGGGGCAAAGCCUUUCCAUCAUACUUCAUAUUCUGGGUCCAUGCCAGUAGAUGGGGGAAUGCCAGGUGGUGUGCAUCAUCAGUUCAUACCUCUACAGGUUACUAAAAAAAGGGUUGCAAACAAAAAGAACUUUGAGAGUAAGGAGGCCCAGAGUUCUUCUCAAGCUGCCCUACUUCAGUCUAGCCAGCCAGGGUCUUCUGAUGUCACCAAAGUAAUUCCACAGGAGAGUUCAUCAGCUUCCUUAAAGUCCCCUCAGAUUAAUCAACCUGCAUCUUUUCAAGUUGAAUCUGCCUCCCAAGGCCAUAUUAUGUCUCAUCAUAAGUCAACACCACGUUCCUCUUCAAGAAGAAAACCACGAAAACUGGCUGUCAAUUUUGGUGUUUCUAAACCUUCUGAAUAAAUUUGGUACUUAGUAUUAAAUUUAUUUCUUUCCUUUCCACCCACCUUUUUAUAAGUCCAUAUCUAUGUCUCAGAAAAUUAGAAAGUACUAUUUUAAAAUAACAUGUUUGAAUUGAAAAAUUUUAACCUUUUACUUGUUGGGCACUUUUCAUGCUGUUUAAAAGACUAUCAAAUUGUACACUUUAAAUAAUGUGCGAACAGUUUGUUGUACAUCAAUUAUACCUCAAUAAAGCUGUAAAAAAAAAAGACUAUAAAUUAAAACCUCAGUGGUUUAAGAAUUAAAAUGUACCACUCUAAACAUUGGUCUCUUCAUUAGAAGCAUCCUGAACUAUGAAUUUUAGACUUCAUAUUAGCAAUAAUAAUAAGCAUUUUUUAUGCUAUCAUUGAGGGAUAAUUAAAUGGAGCAUAAAAAUUGGGCCUCAAAUAUAAUUUAUUGAAUGUGGAUUUUAUUUUGCUUUUUAACGAUGUAACAAAAUUAUCAGGAGAAUGGCUCUUAUUUAUAUGUCUUUUAAUUUAUGUUCUGUUGUCUCUGAUGGUCCUUUAGACCUGCUGUGAAAUGAUCACACUUGUGGUGCUGCCAGUUUUGCUUUACUCAAAUUUUGUACCAAAGCAACUUUAGAACACUGAUCAGAAUAUUUCAUCUGACUGCUUAGAACUAUAAAUAGCGAUCUAGAUUUGAGUAAGUAUUUACAAUUUUUUUUAGAUUCUUCAAGAACCAGCAUUAGUAAUUUCUUAUGAAAUUAAGUUUCAGAAUCUACAGGGUACAUUGAUUACAAAUUAAUCUUCUAAUAGAAUAAACUACAAAAUAUUGAUCAUGUUGUUAAUUAAAACAAAUUGUAUAAUUCUUUUGUGUAGCUUUUUACCUGCUUACUUAACAUAUAUCAGAGCACCAUUUUGGUCCAUAUGUGUGCUUCCUGGGACCGAUGAAAUUCUAGAUAUUUUUAAAAUUUCAAGUUGUGCUAUAAUACAGGCACAAUCAUCAGUCACUUUCUAAUGCCUGUUAUUUAGCUUUAUGCUGAACUGUUCAGUGAUUCUGCCAUUUUGUCUUUGCAUGUCAAGUGUGGGUGUGUGUUGUUCAAGCUAUGGCUGUUGAAAUUAUUUUAGAAUUUAUGAAAAUUUCUCGAUGGUACCAGGGCCCUAGUUUUAUAUAUAUAUAUAUAUCUUUUCAUUUUUGUGAUAUGCUUAUAUUUUUAAGGAAGUAAGUUAUACCUUUUUAGAGUGGGAACCACUGUCUUUAUUGAAGCUUAUUAUUACUAUUAUACCCAAGUUCAUUUAGCUCAUUGAAAACUCUGCCAUGAGUCUUAGUCUACUUGUUGUUGUUUUUUAAAUACUGAUAUUGAAUUACAUGGUGAUUCCUUUCUCUAACACCGAUUUCAGAGUUUCUCUAAAUAUUACCCAGGCUACUUGUUCAUUAUCUCUCAUUUAUUAUAGUCAUGUGAGUUUCUGUGAUUUUAUUUUGUAUUAAUUUCCUAGGUUCAUGUUCAUCAGUUCCCAACAUUUCCUUGUUGAAAAUGCAUUCAUCUUUAAUAGGGUUUUGAGUAAUGAGAUCAGGUAAUUCUCAGUGAAUAUUCUCAUGAUCUCAUAAACUCAUUCUAAGUCCUCACAUCCAAACUUCUAAAUAUCAUAUAUCAUUCUUGGCUUUCAGAUGUAAAGAUUUAUUCUAUUUGUUUUGAAAGGAAACAUCUAUUAUGGCAAUAGAAGGAAAUUGUAACAAUAGUGUGUUAAUCUCUUACUAUUUAAAGUAAUAUUCUUUACCUCAUAUGACUGUACAGACUCCAGCAUUCAAGAAUUGCUUCACUCAUCACCUUUCACCUGUGUGACAGUUCUGUGAACAGUGUAUGACCCACAUCUCUGUUUUAGAGCACAGAGGAAGGAACACAUGCCAUCUUCUGAAAACUCCCAAGAGAAAUUUCAGUAAGCACAAUGCUAUUGAACCCAUCGGGAUACUUUCCCAGUAUUCUAGCAAAGUAAACUGGCAAUUCUAUAUGGAAAGGCAAUGAAUGUGUUUUCUUUUCAUUCUUUCUUUAAAAAAAAAAAAAAACAACAAUUUUUAAUGGUCACAGUAGAAGAGAGACUGAAAUAUAGGAGAGAACUCAUACUGGCCAGAUAGUGGUCAGGCAUUCUUUUCUCCUUGUAGACCUAUCCAAAUGUGGGUCUGAAAUCAGUGAGAGAUGUGCCCUCAAGGACCUAAGAGGCAGCGCUGUUCUUACCUCAUGGUGUCUUAAGGAAACUGGAUCCUUUGAUAGUCAUGCCUGGUGGAGGCUGAUAAAUCUCGGAAAAACAGUUGGACUUUGGGAAACUUAAAGUUUUUCCCUUUUAUAUGAAGCAGACUCACACUACCCCCAGAGGUUUAGAACUAUUUAAUCUGCUGUGGAUUUUUGGUGAAAACUGGACAAUAUAGAGUGCCUAAGAGCAGAUUCUCCAAAUUGCUUCAUAUUUCCUUAUAACUACAGCAGUUAAAUCUAUUUAAACCUUCCUCUCCUUGCUGAAAUAUUGUUUCUAAUUAUCCUUGUUCAAUAUGUCUCUUUUUUUGAGCAAAUUAAGUGAAUUUUGAAGAUUAAUCUUUCCAGUGUCAUUCCUUUUCACAGUUGCCUACAUUACCUGGUCAUAUCAGUUUUAUAAUUUAACAGAUUGAAUGUGUUACUUGAUUUGAACAUCAUGUUGACUAAAGUCUUAAACAUCUGAGAUUCAGUUGUGUGGAAAAUGAAAUUCACCUGUAUGUAAACCCUGGUUUCAGUUUAAGAAUUUCCUUGCUUUUCAAAGGUUUCAGUAGCAAAAUUCAGAAUUGUUUUUGGUUUGUUGGUUUUCCCUGUUGGUAGCAGACGUGGGGUUUGCAAAAAAAAAAAAAAAAAAUUGAUGCAAGUUUUUGUUAUUUAUUUGUUCUUCUGUGAUCAGGUAUUUGCUUUGGUUUUGGACUGAAACUUCCAAACUAAUCUAGAUUCUUUGUUUUAAGGGGAGGGGUUAGAUAGGGAGGAAGUUGGGAGAAGGAAACACUUAAAUAAGAAAUAUCCAAUUCCUACAUUUUCAGAGUGUACUAUAUCUUUCUAGCUCAAAGAAAUAGAUAAGUUGCAGGGUCUUUUUUUUUAAUGUACUCACUCGUUAGUCAUCUGUUCUAUUUGUAUUAAUAAACCAUACAUUUUCAUAGUGAUAGUCUAAUUUUGACCUUAUUAUAUGAAAUAGCUAGAACUGUCCAGCUCUCCAUUGAAGUUCUAGCAUACUUCUCCUUAUUCAGAACAUCUUUUUUUAAAAAAAUAACUGUUAAUACAAUUUCCCAGCUCUUUCAGCUUGCCGUAUUCCUUAGUAUCAUCUUGCUUCCAACUGUGUUUUUACUGUAGAGGGGAGUUUAGUUUGUUGGAAAGAAAUGGCUGUGAAAGGAAGGCAUUCUCCACCUAAAAAGAAGUGAAUCAUAGAAGUUCGUUUGUCAUUUUUCCAAAGUAGCGGUAGUAUUCAAACUGUCAGUGUUCUUUAUAUACAUUUUGUAAACUCUUUCAGAGAAACAGUCUUAUUUGCAGGAGCUUCCUUUCCUAGGCAGGAUAAAGCUUAAAAUUCCAGACAUGAAUAUGUUCAGACUGACCUCUCAAUCUUCGCUAGGGGGCAGUAAGAAACAGUGUUGAAACAGAUGUCAUCUGGUCUCCAGCAACAGGGCCAAGUAGACAGGCAGGCCAAAAGUUUCACUGUUAACUUAUUGAGUUAACUCAGACAUCACAGACCCUGCUUUCAGAGAAAAAAGAAAAAAAAAAAGUGUAAAGAAUUGUUUUAGUAGUUGAGUGCCAACAAUCCAUAACUGCUUGUGUAUUUAUGUAUGUGUGUAGGUACAGGUGUAUUUGUGUGUCAGUGAGCCAAUAAUAAUGCCUUGCUCAAUCAAUGCAUUCAGCCAUCUCAAGUGCAAUUUGUGAAGGAGACUGUGGUUUCCAAUAGAGACAGUUUUACAUAGUUAUACCUCUAAAAAUUAAUUUUUUCCAGCAGUAUACCCAUUGCUAUUGAUUAUUUCAGCAAUUGGUAUAUUAUUAAAUUGCCCAUACCGACUAAUUAAGUUUCUGUAGAUGUGUUUAGUAAUUUGAAGCCAAAUUCUCAUACCAUUUCUCAUGAAAUAAUAGGAGUGAUAAUUUGGUCCACAGUUUGCUUUCAGUUCUUUUAGUCCUUUCUUUUCCUAUACUAUAACUAUAACUUAAGUAUAAGUUAAGUUUUUUUUUUUCCCAUGAGUAUCUUACAUUUUCUUUUGCUUGAAACCCAAUUGCUUCUUUGAAUAGUUUCAUCUAUUUUGACAGAUAAGUCAUAGAUGGUGUGUUGUGUCAUCAAAGUGUUCAACAUUUUGUUUAUUUAAAUAGUAUAAUUGUUUAAUUCAUACAUAAAUGUGUGUGUGUAUAUAUAUAUAUAUCUUGAUUCAUUGCUUUUCUCACAUAUAUAACUAUUUUAAAAGUAACUGUAAUUUUUCAUUAGAUCUUAUACAGAGCAGUAUUUUAUUAAAAAUUCAAAAGGGAAGACUUUUAUGUGCUUAUUUUGUAGUUUUUGUUUUUUAAAUAUCUUUACAUUGUUUGUCUGCCAAGUAAAGAGUUUUAAAUUUGCAUUGGAAUGGACUCCAAAUGUAUUUUUGUGUCAAGUUGUACAUUUGUAGAUACCUAGCAUGAAGUUAGCCUCAAAAUGCUGUGCAAAAAGAUUUUAAAAUAUGAGUCACUGAAAGAGUUUAAACAUCUAUACAUGUUAAAUAUUUAUGGAUUUUAAUUAAAGACUUGAGAAUAAUUUCAUA